GUUGCGGUUUUGUGAAUGAAUGAAUCGCAGAGUAGAAUGCAGCAUGCUUCCAUUCCUGACGAACGUGUUUUGUUGUGAGGGCGCCCCGCUCACCAGGUUCACCAUGCCUAGAGUGGUACCCGAUCAGAGAGAGAAGUUUGAUAACGACGAGUUAUUUAGGAAACUCAGUAGAGAGUCUGAAAUUCGGUACACAGGAUACAGAGACAGACCCUUGGAGGAAAGGCAGUUGAGAUUUCAAACCGAAGUACGAGAGGGCCACGCCGACAUUGCAUUUGUUGGUCCUGGUUCCAACCUAUCUCUGCAAUUCAUGUCCAAUGCCUGGAGUGACAAUCCAGAUGACCGAGUGCCAACCAGAGAAUUUGUGGAUUUUGACAGAGAACCGGGAAAGGUCCACCUCAAGUCCCAGUUGAUCAUGAAUGGAGUGUGUGUGAUAUGGAGGGGAUGGAUAGACCUUCAGCGCCUGGACGGAACAGGCUGCAUGGAAUUUGAUGAAGAAAGAGCACAAGUUGAAGACGCAACACUUAGAGAACAAAUCGCACAGUACAACAGUCGGUUACGAGAUUUUGAAGAAAGGCAGCAACAGUAUCGUGACUCUCAAGCCCGCCAGGCCGAGGCCGAAGCUGAGAGCACAGCUUUCUCAUUAGACCCUCAACCUGGACCCAGUGGCUCUUGAUCAAAACUCUCGCUUAGUGUUUGCGAUUCGUGCAAAGACUUAACAUGUGCAGGUCGACGUAACAAGGCAUGGAAUCUCAAACAAGCAUGUGGAAUGUCGUAAUCUCUCAAAAUUAUUGCCACAUCAACAGAAAUGUAAGGUCAUUCAUCAAUAUAGUGUUCACAUUUUGUCUUCUUUAUAAAUUUUUCGAUGAGCUGUCUUGGAGACUGUUAAAAGAUUUGGAGGACUUUAAAACCUGGCAGGAUUUGAUACUGGAUAUUUUUUCAGUGUUGAAGACAUUUUCUGGGACUAUUGGUAUGUUAAGGAACGUUUUUUUGUGGGAGAGAUUUCAAAUUAAGCAGGAAACAACUACAGUAUGUGCACAUCAAAUGGAAAGAAGUUACGCCUCAAAAUGGAGAAAAUCUUCAGCAAGUGGAACAAGAAGAAAAAUAAAAUGGAUCUGGAAAACAGUAGUGAAGUAAGAAUUGGGGAGUCCUUCUAGGAGUGAAGUCACAUGUAAUGUGAUGCACUGUGUGACUUUUUUUUUCAUUUUUUAGCACCUGCUAGUUUGAGAUAAGUAGCCAAAGAGUGUGAAAAACUAGUCUCCUGCGUACUGAAUGUACUUUUUUCAAGAUUAUAAUGUCUUCAUCUGACAUGUUAUAUAUGAUAUUAUUAUAUGUUAUAUAAAACUACAUUGGUCUUAUAUAUAUCUAAAGUACAUUAUUUAUUUUUAUAUGAAGUGAAAACAUGAGAUACUGUAUUAUUGACAGGGCUCAUUCAAAUCAGGUUUAUUUUUUCAAGACAGUCUUUUAGCAGAUUCGUGUUUUUAAUAAUAUCUUGUUAAAAGCUAAAUUAUGUAACUUUUUAUGUAACACUCUGUGCCUAAUUAAAUGUGGAGUAAAUCAAUUAUUUUGGCAUUAUGUAUACUGCAAUUUAAUUUUAAGGCUGCCAAGUUUAAACAUUACAACUUAAGUCCUCUUCACAUCAUGUGUUAUACUUAUCUGUAGGGAAACACUCAGCAGGAUUCACAACAAAAAAUACUUUUACGUAAAAAAAAAUCACCUUAAAACAGAGCCAUAUACUCAAUACUGACAGUUAACCUAUUAAUUUUAACUGAUGGGUCCAAAAAGUUGAAAGCAUUAUUGUAAAUUGGAGCAGAACUCCUCAGAGGGUAAUAACUAUAUAUAAGGACCAUUCCAGGUGUUACAACAUAGAUAAAUGUAACACAUGAUGUGUAAGCGACCAAAGUAUAUUUUUAAUAUUGCAUCAGGCUGUUGCAUCUUUUGUCUCGGUGGAUUUAUAAAAAAAACAGUGUUAAACUUCUGUUUUAAUUUUAUGUAGUGUUUUCAAGUUUUAAAUUUGCUAUUUAUAAAUAAAGCUAUAUUAUUGCAACAUGUUCAAAAGAGAAAUGUUGCAUAAUGCAUACCAUUGUAUUACAAUGGUUACAGAAUUACAAUAUCAAACAUCAACGAUUUAUAACAAUCUACAUUUUCACAUUAAUAUGAUACUUUUUCAACAACUUACAAUGACUUGUGACAUUAAAAAUACAAAUUUAAACCAUAUGCAACAACAUUAAUGCAAUAAAAACAUCACCAUCUCUAAAUGUCGCAUCAGUAUACAUUAAGAAGAAAGUACAUUAUACAAUAUAACAAUACUUUAACUAUACUUGACACAAGUUCAGUGUUAUGUCACCUAGAAACAAUGCACAAUGCCAUUUUACAAUAAACAUUUUACAACAUGACAUGUAAGUAACAAAUUCAUUACAACAUGCUAGGACACCUGCAGGACAUUACACCAAGCAAUAAUUAUUGAAAUUUGUCUCUUGGUUAUAUAAAGGUCUAAUUAUUGGUGUAUGACCGUCAAAACAAAUACGCAAUGUUUGAGUACGGCUAUAUUCUGAAUGGAAAUAUUUUUGACAGCUAAAAUCCCACAAAUGGUCCCUUGAAUUGACUUAUUUAAAAAUGUAUAGAUCAUAAAAGUUUUAUCUUCUUUGAAAUACUGUUGGAGAGGUAAAAGUGGUCUUGUUUGAAAUUUUUAGGCUGUCUUUCAAGCAUUGUUUUCUGGCAUGUUGACCAUGUCUGUUUUUUUUUUUCUUUGAGAUGCUGGUCAUUUGAAAACAAUAAGCUACAUUGUAGUAUGUUGCAUGUAUAUUCAAAAUGUUUAAAGCAAAAUUAUUUCUAUUGUUAUCUGUGUAUUUGUUGUUAAUUUUUUCUUUUUUGAUUGGUUAUCUAAUAAUACAUGUAUGUUUUAAAUUAUUUUUACUUUUUAUCUACUUUUUGAAUGGUCUCGUGGAUAAUCAAGGGUGUGACGAGACACAGUUAUGAACCUUUUAAAGUUAAGACCUAAAUCACAUCACAAGGUAUUUAAAUUGUUUCACCAGUGAGCUAAAAAAAAUGGGAAUCAGCUGAGAUAGCUUAAAACGAGACCCUCGACACUUUGAAACAUCAUACGAGACAAUAAUCUUGCAAGUAUCAAUUUUGCGAGUUGGGGUUAACUUUUUAGCAACAGGGGCCAAAUUCAUAAAUUUCUUCUUAGAGACACCAAAGUGUCACUCAUAAUGUGGCCGAUGUGUCCUGCAGAGCAACAGAUUUCUAAUUAAACAGAAAGUAAGAGAAAACAACCAGUAAAAUGCCCACAGAUAAAUUCUGUCAGCUUAGAUUCAGUGCUGCAUUGCAUUUACUGUUUUAUCAAUAUUUUUGACCCCAGUGCCCUCCACAUUACUGCAAAAUCUUGCUUGAUUUUACAUUAUGUCAUGAGACUCGAGGCUAUCUCAGAUAAUUUUCAUUGAAAAUUCAGCAAUAGGCUUAUUAGCAAUCUACUCAUAAUAGCUCUUCCUAACAGUAGCAAAUCCAGCAGAGCAAAGCCAAUAGCUCUAACUGGGCUGAGACUGUUAAAUCACUGGUAAAUGAAUUUGGUCAUCUUGUGAUGUCAUCAAUACCUGAACCAGUCUAGGUUGAUCUCUGUGUCUGAUUGCACCUUUUGGGUGAUUCUAGGGUAGACUACAUAUGGGAUCUCUGUCUCUCCUCAUAAAGCGAAGAGUUAUUCUCAUGGCUAUGAUUUUUUCUGUGGGUAAGAUUAUAGACAGUACUAUAUUCGAGAUAUCAGGGGUUGGUUUCACUAAAGUACCAGUAAGAAUGAAAAUUGGUGGUUACUUUGAUCCAUGAUACUUAAGUAAUAGUCUGCUGUAAUGAAACAUUGUAUCUUAUAGUAAAAAGAGAGAAAUGGUAAAUGCUAUAGACCAAUGAUCAUCUUUUUUAUAGUGGACCACUGGAUUAAUCCAGUAAGUUGAAAAGGGCCAAACUUCUUGGUCCUUAAGUAUGGAGAUUAUUAUAUAUUAUAAUAACUUUUGGCCAUAAGUUUGUAAAACCAGCCCCUGAUUGUAUAAAAUUUUGGUGGUUUUAUGGUCCACUUUAAUCAGCCCUGUAUACAAAUGCAAAAGUGAAAGUAUUUUUACAGUGGUGGUGCUAUAUGUUCUUAUUAUACAUUUAUAUAAUAUAAACAAAUUAAAGCUACAUUUCGGUCUCAUUAAGAGUACUAUAUUAUAUGAUAUUUGCUACACCCUUUGUUACGUUUGUAUGGUAAUUUAUAUUGUUAUGUUGAUAUUUUGAAAUUCAUUGAUUAAACUUUCUACAGGUUUUGUAAGCAAAUUUAGAGUAAGAAGACACCUUUGCUGUGCAAUGAUCUCAAAGUUGUCAGAUGGUUCAAGUACAAAUGGAGCAUGUAAAAACUUUAACAAGGACACUCUUUUGGAUUUAAUAUCAUAAUAGCCAACUGCACAGAAACAAUAUCACCUGAUUCAAGCAUUGAAGUGAAUUUUUAUUUAAUCCGUAAGAUAGACUAAAAGUAAUUAAAGUAAAUUUUCUAACUGAGGUUAAAGCACCUAAAUUGAUUCUUGUAAGAAGGCUCAUAUAAAAAAGCAUCAUGUUAUGAUUAAGCUCAGUCAGCCAUUAAAGUAGUCAGAAAUCUCUUGUAUGCAACAUAUGGUAAUAAGUACAGGACUAUGGAAAUAAUGUUAAUGAUACUGGUAGUGAACUAUUUCCAUAGUUUAAUUGUUUGUUGCUCCCACGGAUUGUUUGUUGUUACUGAAGUAUCCACAAGUACUGUUACACAGGGAGAGUCUCGAUAGUCGAAAGGUUCAUUGGUCUGAAGAUUCAUUGGUCCAAAAAAUGGUAACUUUUCAUCAGUUUUUUAAUCAAGGGUUCAUU